UAUUUGAAGUUGAACUUGAACAGUUGUUCCACGGUCCGGUACUAUUUCGCUUGCUAAUAAGUCGAGAUUGUUUUUAUAAUUUUACCUUAUUCUAAGUGGAAGUAAAAUUUCGUUUAAAAUGGCAAAUCUACCUAUUGUUUCGAUUACACGUCGUGAAACUUUUAGUUCCUGCCAUAGACUGCAUAGUCCAUUUCUAAGCGAUGAAGAAAACCUAAAGUUGUAUGGCAAAUGUAAUAACCCUAAUGGACAUGGACACAAUUAUGUUGUAUUGGUAACAGUAAAAGGACCAGUCGACCCCCAGACAGGGAUGGUGAUGAAUGUACAUGAUCUAAAACAGUACAUGCAGCAGGCGAUUAUGGACCCACUCGACCAUAAGAAUUUAGACCAAGAUGUACCUUAUUUCAAAGCUGUGGUGAGCACAACAGAGAACUUAGCAAUAUUUAUUUGGGAUCAACUACAAAAAAUUAUGGAUAAACCACAGUUGUUGCAUGAAGUUAAAAUAUUAGAAACUGAGAAGAAUCACGUUGUCUAUCGUGGCGGCUCUACAUAUCGAAGAAAGAAAUUUGACUGUCUGCAAUCAAAUCACCAUGAUGUCUCCUCUGACUCAGACUGAUUUACAUUCAAUUUUUAAAAAAUCAUUCUUUGACCCUAAUUGAAUUUAUUUUGAUCUGAUAUUUUUAUAUCAAUGUAAUUUUUAUAUUUGACAACAUUCCUUGACAACUUUCAUAAAUUUUUAUUUUUAGGAAUAAGUGAAAGUCAUGACAACUAUGAAUUAGUUACUGUUAAUUAUAAUUUUAUAAAAGAGUAGUUAAAAAUAAUAAAAAAGGUAUUUUAUUUUUUCAGAAUUAUAUUUUUACAAACCCAGAGCCAUAAGAGUAGCAAAUUAAAACAUUUAAUCCUAAAAAAUACUAUCACCUAUACACUGGAUUCUAAUCUUUUACUUUAAAUAUCUAGAAAUACAAUAGCUAAGAAACACACUACCAGUCCCGGUAUAAUCAGUUUAUUGUAAAAUUGCACAUAAAAACUUCUUAAAAAUUUUUAUGAUAUAAAAUAAAUUUCAUUUCCUAUGUUUUA